AUGUCGGCCGCUAGCACCACCACCGAUUCAUCGAGACAGGUUUUGGAAGGGGAUGAAAAGGAGGAGCCUGAGUCUCACCCAUGUGCCGAUGUCGAAGACGAUGCGGUUGCUGAAGAGAAUGUCGGGAAUCUCACCGGAGCCGAAGACGCGCUAGACGAGCUUGGACAAGUCGAAAGGGAUGAGGUCGCCCACGAAGCUGAACCGGCAAAUCCGAGAGUCGGCUACCGUGUCGAGUAUCGAAAUCGACGGACGAAUGAGUUUAUAUCACACAGAAUCCAUGAUGGAACCUACGCCCCAGACAUCGAUCAAACAGGGAAUCCUAUUUUUGAAGUGAUAACUUCCUACAAAGUACUCGCAGACACGACCAUAGACCUAGCUGUCAACUCCCUAGCUCUUCCGACUUACAGUCUUCGAAUCCACUCCCUAGCGCUCAUUAACGCCAUUCAAUCGGUGGUACGGUACUACCCGGGCCAAGACCUAUCCGGGGAGUAUAUCAACGUUCCAUGGCCCUAUCCAGUCCUGGUUCAUCACUUCGAUGAGUUACACCAGUUUCGCCAGGACUGUUUGUCCAAAACACGGGAUGAACUCUGCAGUCGAGAGAAGGAUGCUGCUGAACACCUUCGUAUCCUUAUUGAAUACCUAGAACAAGAAGUCAUGAAAGAAGUCAGAGAAGAGCAAGAGCGGAAUAAAAAGGGCAUUGAAACAUUUGACUGGAUGUGGGUAGCUCACAAACCGGGUGUCACUGUAUUCCACAAAGGCCAAACUCAUCUCGAAUGGGACGCGGGUGUGGUGCAUUCCGUCACAGGAGGGACACUCGACAACCCCCCCUCAUCUUGGGCCAUGGAAAUUUGGAAACUUCAGUACGGAGGUAAUGUCGUGAACCGUGUCUGGGAUGAGACGUUCUUGCGUUGGAAAUUUGAUGGCGAGAGAAAAGAGAUAAGAGAGAAUAGUGGCUUAAAGUUCAUGGACCCAACGACAAGCGAUCAAUUCCUCGACGAUGAAAUUGCUCGUGGACUCAUCAAAAGGGGUCAGAGCUAUGUGGAGAUGCUCAAACCGAGAUGCUAUCAGUACAAGGGGAAGAGCGAAGACUUCAAUUCCAUCGGUAUGGACAGUUUGGUGAUGGUGGACUUGAAAACAGUCUAUGAUGAUGAGAUUGAUGAAGUUCCAGUGCAACUAGCGCAACAGGACCUUAGGAGCUGGGUGAGUGACUGCACCUGCGACGUGUGUCGACGGAGGAAGCAAGAUGAAAGUCAACUAAAACGCGAUGCUCCCCAAUUCGUCUCAUUCGGCAACAAGACCAAGGAUUUCACUGCUCACGAGCUCCUUCUCAUGCCAAAGUUUGUCACAGCUUACGUUUUUAGGACUCGUACUUGGGAGCCUGUUCGAGUAUGUGAUCUUCAUGAACCCGAAUUCAAAGAGAACAUGAUAAGUCAUUUGGUCAUGAGUGAGAGCCGUCUGAAAACUCUCAAAGCCUUGUCAAAAAGCUUCACCAGGGUUACUGUGAGGGAAGAAGUCCUCGCAGAAAAACGGUGGAGCGCAGACUUCGUCCGCGGAAAAGGAAACGGACUGAUUUUCCUCUUGCAUGGAAAACCCGGUGUUGGAAAGACUUGCACUGCCGAAUGCAUAGCCGAAUUUACUCGGCGUCCGUUGAUGAUUUUGACGACAAGCGACAUUGGAACCGAUCCCGAAGCAGUUGAAAACAAUCUGACAGACAACUUCAAGAAGGCAAUGAAAUGGAAUGCUGUUCUUCUUAUUGACGAGGCCGACGUGUUUAUGGAGCGCCGUACAACGUCUGAUUUGACCCGGAAUAGCCUGGUGGCUGGGUUUCUGAGAGCCCUCGAGUUUUAUGACGGCAUACUCUUUCUGACUACAAACCGAGUGGGAUCGUUCGAUGAUGCAUUUAUCUCCCGCAUUCAUAUUCAAUUGUACUACCCAGACUUCAGUGACGACGAGCGACAAAGGGUGUGGAGGACCUUUAUUGACAAGCUGGGCCGAGAGAGGGGCGAGACGAUUCGCCUAACCAUGGACGCCAAGGAGUAUAUUGAGUCAACCAGGAUGCAGGCCCUGAAGUGGAACGGUAGAGAGAUACGAAAUGCGUUUCAGACAGCUGUGGCCCUGGCAGAGUAUGAAGCGGACAAGGACAGCGAAGGUAGAAUCAAGGUGAAGGAUGACCAUCUCAAAGCGGUUGUCGACCUUUCGAAAGACUUCAAAAGCUAUCUGAAGGAUCUCCAUCGCAAGGACGAGGGGAAGAGAGCAGAGCACAGACACGAGAGAUUAGACAGCUUCGAAGGAUCUAAGUAA